AGGGCGGGAGGGAGGAAUGGAUGAACCUAGCCCCUUCUGAGCUGAUGGCUGGGAGCGCCCAGAACAUGGAGAGGUUGCGGCGGGACGCCAUGACUUCCCAAAAGCAUCGGGGAUUUACCCAGCGCUCGGAACGUCAGCGCGUGACCAAUCCCACUGCGCCCAAGGGUCCGACUUCUGCCACGGAGGCCCGUCUGGCCCAAGAGGAAGCCUCGGCCGCAGCAGGUCGCAAGACUCUGCUCGAAUUGCACCAGGAGAAACUACAGGCAGCGCAGAAGAAGGAGAAGGAGAAGCAAAGGGUGGAGGGAAUAAAAAGGACACCUUGGUCCCGAGAAGCUUUCAUGGAGGGGACGAAAGAAAUGGGGGCCCGACAGGCGAGUGAUUUGUUCACGCAAGCCAAGGAACUGACGGGAAGAUUUUCGCGACAGUAUCGUUGAGGUUGAAGCGUGGAAAAUGAGGAAUAAUGUGUGGCAAAGACAAAGCACCCUAAAAUAGGACCUGUCAGGAAACACGUCUGUCGCUCAG